UGUAGCUAUCGUAUUAUUACUCUUACUAUUAGUAGUAUAUAAUUAAUAGGUCCUCCUCUCUUUUGAUUUUUGUUUAAGAUUUCUGAAAGUGGAAAUAUUGAAGUUAAGUGGUUUAAGAAGGAUAUGCCUUGCAUGGUGUCUCGAACGGGAAGAGAGAUGCAGAGAUACAACAGUAGUGGUGGUCGUCAAGUUGUGGGGUGCAUACCUUACAGAUAUAAAGAAGAUAGUGAUGGCAAUGUGAGCAAUGAAUUGGAGGUGCUUAUGGUUAGUUCACAAAAGAGUCAAGCAUUAAUGUUCCCAAAGGGAGGAUGGGAACUCGAUGAAUCUGUAGAAGAAGCAGCAUGCAGGGAGUCCCUCGAAGAAGCAGGAGUUACAGGAUUCGUUCAGCAUGAAUUGGGCCAAUGGAGCUUCAUUAGCAAAAGACAUGGAACAUACUAUGAAGGGCACAUGUUUCCUUUGCUUGUCGAAGAACAACUUGACUCGUGGCCUGAGAAAGAUCUACGGAGAAGAAUAUGGAUGAGUGUUAAUGAAGCCCGAGAAGUUUGUCAGCAUUGGUGGAUGAAGGAAGCAUUAGACAUCCUCGUUGAACGGCUCACUUUACAGCAAAAUAGGAACAUAUAACACUAAUUAAUAUUUGUUGCAACAUUUAAUUUAUAGAUAAAAAUUUGUCAGCGUUUCUAAUAUAUAAUUCAAAUACGCAAAAUAAUUAAGCAAUAUAUAGGCCAUUUUCUCAGCUGAUAAAUGAGAGAUUAAUAUCUCUAAAUAUAAUUAAUAAAUUGUUAAAGCAAGUUUUUUUUUCUAGUGAAUUUUUCCACACACAAAUAUAUGUAUAUAUCCUGGGAUCAAACCCAUGACAAAUUUAAACUCAGACAGCCA